CACAAUGGCAUCAAACUCAAUGUCUUCUUAUGGAUCUGGCUCAUGGACUGUUAAGCAGAACAAGGCCUUUGAGCGUGCUCUAGCAACCUAUGACCAAGACACUCCUGAUCGUUGGUAUAAUGUUGCUAGAGCUGUUGGUGGAACAACACGUGAUGAAGCUAAGAGACAAUAUGACCUUCUCGUACGUGACAUCGAAAUCAUCGAGAAUGGGCAUGUGCCAUUCCCUAACUACACGACUACUGGAGGCAGAACCAAAGGCAGGCUGUGUGAUGAGGAAAAAAGGAUGACAAAAACAUGA